AUGAACCAACGAGCGCGUUUGAUCCCGUCCAUUGCGAAAUGUAUGGCUUACUGGAUAAAGCCCGGCAAAAACCGAUCUCUCCAAGAACGUCUCGCCUACACCAGGGAGCAAAACCGAACAGAGAAUCGACCGUUGAUCUCAACGUAUAAUGAUGAUACGAAGGCUUAUCUGAAGGAAAGCCUUUGGCGCAUCGCUCAAAAGCAGCUUUACAAUACGCCUACGCCGAAACAACUGAAUCAUGAACGAUUCUUCCUUAGAAUGGAAGUGGAUAGGCAGAACAAAGAUGAGGAUAUGCUUUUGGAGGAGUCUUUGGAGGGAACAGAAGAUUUAUGUGAUGCUUACGAUGACUACACCAAUUGCGGCCUCGGGGCCGACCCCCACCUAAUCGCUGGCGACAAACCCUUUGAACUCGAGGUCUGCGACGCUGGAAGUUGCGGAUCAAGCAUGAUAUUCGGAAACAGCCAAACAGAGCAGCCUAUGGAGAUGCUAGAUGAUUACUCCGACGCCAGAAUAGACCAAGGGGUGGCGGAAACUUGGGCCACUGUAUUUGCUCCAAGACUGUCGCGAUCGUUUUUGUCUGGAGGCUUUGAAAUUGGUGACGUCGAUAGAUUGGACGGGGACGUGAUUAUGCAGGGGUAUGCUAGAGAAGAACUCUUGAGCCAGGCGCCUCGGUGGCGCACUUGGACUGAAAUACUAGAUGAGGAAAACAGCGACUGUGAGAUGCUCUUGAACGAGACAAUGGAAGAACAUCUCUGA